AUGUCCUAUAAAGAUCAAGAAAGAACCUGGGAUAGGAAAUCGCAACAACUUGAACAGGUGGAAGCUUGUGGAGAGCUAAUCGAUGUGCUUUCUACUCAUGUACAAAGUUGCGUCAGCGAGCUCAGCAAAGAAAAACAGAUUAGCAAGGUCAAAAUGGAGGAUGCCUGUUUGGGCUUCAAAAGUACUCUGAAAGAUAUCGAGGAUAAAUUAGACAAAGUUCUGGAUAACUUGUAUCUUGUCAGCUCAGCCGGCUACACACAGCAAAGCUCCAAUUUUGAGACCACUCAAAAAAUGGCGUUGAUUAAAAGCACCGAGCGCUUUUUGCACGAAGAACUUCGACGAAUGCACGAUAAACACUUUGCGUGUGACUCAGAAAUGGCCGAGUUAGAUCCCGUUGAUUCUUCCAAAAUAUCAUUUUCUGAGUUUGAUCCGGAACGGUUCGGCGAACCC